AAGAGUUGGUAUCAACUUCCGGUGUAUUUCCUGCAACUUUUUUCAUGAGUUUUCUCUUCUAAUUUACCCAAAAUGGAGCAUUCUGUAAAUCGAAUUGUUGAUGAAACAAUGAGCAACCCAGGGGUGGCUGGUGUGAUGUGCGUAGAUGAAAAAGGAUUGUGCCUUUCAUCUAAAGGCAAGCUAAACAGUCGUGUUGCUGGUCUCAUAUCUGGAAUCACUCAACAGGCAUCGAAACUUCACUCGGACAUUGAUAGGAUGCCUGUCGUUGCUUUAGAAUCAGAUUCUGGGAGCAUAUUGAUCAAGUUCAAGGAUCGUGUCACAGUCGCCGUACAUAAGAACUUAUAGCCACCUCUCCAAGGACAUUCGUCUAAAUAGGAGUUGUGAACAAAGUGUUACACUGAAUGAUUUACAAUCUGGUAACUGAUAACUAAGAAGAGACAAUGGGAUGUUGAUCAGAUCAAGACCUGGCCCGCUGGUGUUGGACCGAUCACUGGGAGAAUUGGAUAACUUCCAAGUGGGAAACAAAUGUGCAGUCUGUUUGUAAUCCUUGUAAAUUGUGCUAUAAUAUAAUCAAGCUAUUUUGUUACUGAAAA